AUGUCUAAGCCUAACUUUAGUCAUGGAUCAGAUGAACGAGACCCACUCUUGCCAACACUGCUGAUACCAAUCAGUAAACCGGAUGCGCCAAAUGAGAGAGCUAAUGUUAGUGUACCAAAAUCGCCGUCUACGUCAGCUCUUUUUAACAAAUAUUCACCAAAUCAGAAUUCGAAUAUAAGACACGGUUCACAUUCAGCGUAUAAUGAACACGGUGACGAUAAAAUAGGGAGGAGUGCAGGCUUGACUGAAAGCUAUCGUCAGGGAUCAGUUAGUCAUCAAGUACCACCAUUAUUCCAUAGAUUGUUGAGUGGCCAUUAUACGGUCACGAAUCCAAACGUAGGUUCAAGUGGAGGAUUUGAGUAUGCAAACUUGAAUUCAAGUAAUUUGAAUCUUAAUUCGAGCGGUAUUCUAGAAAGUAGUGCCAGUAUCUAUUCAGUACCUGAUCUUGAGGAACAGCAAAGAAGGUUAAAUGUAUUGACAGGAAUGAGGCCUCUCAAGUUAAUUGGUAACUAUAAAAACUUGACAAAUUGGAUGGAUAACUGGAAGCCAGGUAUUUCGAAGAUUAAAAAUAAAAAGGUUAGAAAGUACUAUGAGGAUCAAAAUUACUUGAUUGAAAGAUUUCAAGAGAUCGAUAAUCUAUUAGAUUACGGUAAGAUUCACAUUAAUAUGCUUUCCAAUUAUAGUCGCUCAGAAGUCCGUCAAAAUAAUAAAGAUAGAAUAGAGGAUACCGAAGAUAACCAAAUAGGUACCAAGAUGAACUCUAAUACAACCAGUUAUAAUUCUAUGGUUUCUCAUCGUUCUAGAUUUAAUGAAAUUCCUGGUAAUGUUGAAACAGAAGGGGCUCACUUCUUAGGAUACAACCAGGAAGAGACGUCGCAGAAUGUAUUAUUUGCAAUUUUAGUUAACUUUUUUGUUAAUUUUAUCCUUUUGAUAGGUAAGAUUAUUGUGUGCAUAUUGUCAAAUUCUAUAUCUGUUGUUGCAUCGUUAGUUGAUUCUAUUUUGGACUUUCUUUCAACUUUUAUUAUCUUUAUAGCUAAUAAGUUAUCAACUACUAAGACAUGGAGAACACAGCAUGCAUAUCCUGUUGGUAGAUCAGGUCUAGAACCAUUGGGUGUGUUGAUUUUCUCGGUCAUUAUUAUAAUUUCAUUUUUCCAAGUUGGACAAGAAUCGUUUAAAAGAUUGUUCUUGAGCUCACCAGAGGAUAGAAAGACAGCUGAGAUUGGCCAAGGGGCGAUUAUUAUUAUGACUACUACUAUAUUGUGUAAAAUAGGUUGUUGGAUUUGGUGUUCUAAGAGUAAGUCGAGCUCAGUCCAAGCUCUUGCACAAGAUGCUAUGACUGACAUAAUAUUUAAUUUUGUUUCUUUAAUCAUGCCAGCCGCUGGUCAUUAUUUAAAAGUGUGGUGGCUUGACCCAUUGGGUGCAUUUUUAUUAUCAGUCUACAUCAUAGUAUCGUGGAGUAAGACUGCUUUUGAACACAUUGAGAAUUUAACAGGGGCAGUUGCAAGUCCAUUGGAUUAUAAAGUGAUAUUAUAUUUGUCGUAUAGAUUCGCUGAAUCAAUUAAACAAAUUACAUCUUUAAAAGUUUAUCAUGUCGGCGAUAACUUAAACGUCGAGAUAGAUUUGGUUUUCGACAAUGAAGAAUUUAACUUAUCCUUAACGGAUGUUCAUGAUAUUGCUGAGGCAUUGCAAUAUGCAAUCGAAACAUUACCGAUGGUGGAAAGAGCAUUCGUACAUAUAGAUUAUAUGGAAGGUAAUUUUAGAGGUCAUUUGAAAUAA